AUGGACCGACUGAUUGAAAACAUCCCCGGCAUGGGUUUUGAUAUAUGGUGUGACGACAGCUUUCUGUCCCAGACAGGGCCCCCCGAUGCACCACUACCGCCACAGCCUCAUGAAAAUCCGCAUGGGGAUUUGAUCUACUGGGACAACCGGCCAUUAGAAGUCAAUGGCCAAGCAUGGGUCUUGAUGCCAGUUCCUAAGUGUGAUGAAGACUUGCAAGCCUUCCACAUGGACGGAGGGUCCCGCGAAAUUAUCGUCUUAUGUCCCAAGAUGUUUGAACACUACUCUGACUUGGGAGACUAUCAAAUCGAUAUGACAUCCCGCCCCCCAACGUUCUCCAAAGGCAUACACAUUGACAGUUUUGCUACUUCGUUGAUGUUUGUCCUGGUCCAUGAAGUAUCGCACUGUGACUUCUUCCUUCAGAAUCUUGUCACCAGUGAUAUCCCAGCAGAUGUCGACGGUUAUGGCUGGCAGGAGGCAGUCCGCCAUGCCGACAACAACCAUCUGUAUGCAUUGAAAAAUGCUGGUACGUCGGGGUGUCUAACUAUUUCAAUGAUGCAGCAUGCUGACCCAUCUCGUCUAGACAAUUUUGCUCUUUUUGUCCUUGGUAGCUAUGACCCUUCUGAUCGCCACUCUUUCUAUCGUUUGAUAGUUACUGACAAUCCCAAGCCAUGUUUCUGUCCAAAAACGACUGGAGCACCGGGCUGA